AUGUCGGAACGGAGACAACAAAAUAAUUCCGAAACAACUUUAGUCCCUUAUCAUGAUAUUGGAUUAGAAUUUACGACGCUUCAAGAUGACAGUUUGUCUCUUAGAAAUUUCGGGAUUCCUCUAUCCUUGGGUUAUGAUAAUUCGCCCUCGGAAACUUCUGAUUAUUUAAA